AUGCCUUCUCCAGACUCUGCUGAUCUCUACCAGUUGGAGCUCUUGACCGACUCCGAGUUGAUCACCUUCACUAGAAAACAAAACUCACAAUCCUGGAAGGGUAGGUUGUCUGCUGACGAUUACGUCAUUAGAGAAACGGUGUUGGGCAAGUCCAAAAUGAUCUCCCACAGUACCAAUAAGUUGUUGGUAUUUAUGUUAAAGAAGAGAGGAGACGAUACACCAUUGAGUUCUAUCGAAUUGCUCAUCAGAGACGGCUGGAGAUUUGACUACGUAGAUGGAAAAACUACCCAGAGGACUGUCUCGACAGGAUGCAUUGGUGGUGUCUUCACCUAUCCUGAAAACAGAGGCAAAGGCUAUGCCCGUAUCAUGGUCGAUAAACUUGUAGAUAUAGCUGUAAAGGAGUACUUGGGCCCAGAUGGCUUUGUAUUCUUGUAUUCGGAAGUGGGCGAAUACUAUGCUAAAAACGGUUUCAAAUCCUUCCCUGUGGAUUUGGUCAAUAUUCCACUUCAGAAUGUAGAAGCCAUCGAAACUGAAGUCAGUGCAAACGUUUCGCCUAUAAGCUACCAUCAAUUUGCUCCUUAUUUGAUGUCGCACAACAAGCAGGUUCGUCGCAAAAUUGCAGCCAAAGUGGAUGAUGAUCAUUUGUCGAGGGUUACGUUGGUGCCUAAUUCUGAUAUUGUAGACUGGUUUCAUUUAAGAAGCAAGUACAUCAGCUACAAGAUGUUCCAUGAAAAGAAUGAUAAUGAGAGAAUCGAUUUCGUAAAGGAAUCGUAUGAACAAAUAACCAAAAAAUUUGACUCCCUCCAGCCCAACCACUUUGGUUUGGAACUCAAAGAUGACAGCGGCAAUCUUGUAGGCUACAUUGUCUGGACCUACGAUUGGUCCAAUAUGGAGGAAAAUUAUGCUACCGUUUUGAACAUUUACGUUGCUGACGGUUAUGACAGAGAAGAAAAGUCCCUUGUCUUGUUGAAGUUGUUAAGAAAGCAUCUCCUUACCAACUCUGACAACGAAGGCCAAACCACCACGAAGAUAGUCAUUUGGGAAUCAGAAGUUUCAACCUCUGUAUUGAACUUCCUCACUCUGAAAUGGUGCUCUAAGUCUGGACUCGAAAACGGCUCUAGAUCGGCUAUUUUGAUCAAUGAUCCAUCUUCCCAACAAAAGUUGCUCGAUGGGAGUCUUAUUUGGGACUAUAACGAUAAGUUGUCCUGGUUUUAGUAUGUUAAUAGAUCUAUAUAUAUAUUGCUAGUAUGGUGUGUACAUGUAAGAGUAAAUGUAUUCUUGUAUGUC